AUGAAAUUAAUAUAUAAGAAUUGUUUGAUUUCGUUUUUAUAUAAUUCUUUUGAUUUUUUCCAAAAUUUAGAUCUAGCGAGGGAGGAUUUUAUCUUUUUUGAUAUUAAAUUAAUUAAUUAAUUUAUUAAUCAAUCUUUGUUUCUUUUUUUUUAUUAAUUUAUUUUCUUAGUUUCCACUUUUUUACACUAUAUAUUAAUUAUCAAAAUUUUCUGUGCAAUCUAAUUUGAAUCGUUUGAUAUAGCCUGUUCAUCCUUUUAUAAAUAUCCUUAGCCCCUAAAUUAAUAAUUAACAUACAAAAAAAAACUAACUAGCAAGCUCUUCUUCAUAUUCAUUCAAUUUAUCAAUGAUAAGUUAACCAAAUUCAAUUAAAUUCCAAACUAGUUUCCUAUAUUUUCCUUUAUACACUAAUUGAGUCCCCUUACUAACUAACUAACUAACUAAAUAACUAGCUCGCUAAAAAAUCUUGACUGA